AUGUUCCAGGGUGUCGCGUACAACACAUCCAGUGGUUCGGUGCUGGACAAUACCAACCUGCACGCUCCUACUGCAGGGCUCGCGUCGGUACCGUCUAUGGAUGAGGUGGAGAUUCUGCCCAUUGGCAGUGGAGGUGAAGUCGGCCGUUCAUGCGUGGUUGUGCGUUACAAGGGUCGCUCCGUGAUGCUCGACUGCGGGAACCACCCGGCAAAGAGUGGUCUGGAUUCUCUCCCGUUCUUUGACAGCAUUCGCUGUGACGAGAUUGAUGUUGUGCUCAUUACACAUUUUCACCUCGAUCACUGUGGGGCAUUGCCGUACUUCUGCGAGCAGACAGCUUUCAAGGGCCGCGUAUUCAUGACGAGUGCGACCAAAGCUUUCUACAAGAUGGUAAUGAAUGAUUUUCUGCGUGUGGGUGCGAGUGCUAACGAUAUUGUGACAAAUGAAUGGCUGCAAAGCACCAUUGAAAAGAUCGAGACGGUCGAGUACCACGAAGAGGUGACAGUCAACGGCAUCCGCUUCCAGCCGUUCAACGCUGGUCACGUCCUUGGUGCCGCACUCUUCAUGGUAGACAUCGCCGGCAUGAAGACACUUUACACCGGCGACUUUUCCAGAGUCCCUGAUCGUCACCUGUUGGGCGCCGAGGUACCUCCGUACUCGCCAGACAUCCUCAUUGUAGAGAGCACGAACGGUAUUCGCGAGCUAGAAUCACGCGAGGAACGUGAGUCCCUCUUCACCACGUGGGUGCAUGAUGUUGUGAAGGGUGGUGGGCGAUGCCUGGUGCCAGUGUUCGCGCUGGGUCGCGCCCAAGAGCUCCUGCUCAUUCUUGAAGAGUACUGGGAGGCGCACAAGGAGCUGCAGCACAUCCCUAUCUACUACGCCUCUUCUUUGGCGCAGCGAUGCAUGAAGCUCUACCAGACAUUCGUCAGCGCAAUGAACGACCGUGUGAAACAGCAGCACGCCAAUCAUCGCAAUCCUUUUGUUUUCAAGUAUAUUCAUUCACUUGUUGACACCCGUUCAUUUGAGGAUACAGGACCAUGUAUCGUCUUGGCAUCGCCUGGAAUGCUGCAAUCGGGCAUUUCUCUGGAAUUGUUUGAGAGGUGGUGCGGUGAUCGACGCAACGGUAUUAUCAUUGCUGGCUAUUGCGUUGACGGUACCAUAGCCAAGGAUGUCCUCACCAAACCGAAGGAAGUCACGAAGCCAGACGGAAAGGUGCUUCCCCUCCGCAUGCGAACCAUUCAGUCUGUCUCGUUCUCCGCACACUCCGACGGAAGACAGACGCGCGACUUUAUUCAGUGUCUCCCAAAAACGAAACAUGUUGUUCUUGUACAUGGCAAUGUUGGUGCCAUGGGGCAGUUGAAGAACAAACUGCAGCAAGACUUUGCGGAACGUGGAGUGAAAGUGUAUGCUACCAAGAAUCAAGAGGCCAUACGUAUUCCGUUCAGCGUGCAGCGCACGGCGAAAGUUAUGGGCACACUGGCAAGCACACCAGCGAACGAUGGUGGCUUCGUCAGUGGUGUGUUGCUGGUUUCUGGACAACACACGUAUAGCAUCGUUCACCCCACUGACAUCCCGCUCUUCACUGACCUCAAUGUGGCGCAAAUUCAACAGGCCAUGGUGUUGCCCCUUCCACGCUAUAAGUCAGCACUCGAGGUGUUGGAGGUCCUUCAGCGCUAUUUCGCGCAGAGUCAGAUGUUCGAGGAUGUGGAACCGCAACAACAAGGUGCUGCGAUUCCAGAAAACAGUGUGCAAGAGGGUGAUCUCGAAACGAGUACUACCCGCAUUGCUGUCUCCAACGACGUGUGUGUUGAUGUGAAGCAGAGUGCAAGAUCACAAACGACAGUGACAAUAACGUGGACUGCCAGUCACCGCAACGACCUGCUUGCAGACGUCACAUGCAUUGCCUUGGCGAAACUUAUGCACGAGGAGCACGCUGCAGAAAGUACUGAUCCCCUUCCUGUCGACGUCACUGGAAAUGACCGUCUCUUUCGGCUAAAGUGCUUCCAUCACAUGAUGUCUCAGUUCUAUCCUUCAGUCACAACCAACCUUGGGACGGGUGUGUGUACCGUGGAGCUUGAAGACGGGCAGGUGGCGACUAUCACAGACUGUAUUGAGAUUGAUCUCCAGGACAGCAAGAAGUCUGGUUACUCCUCGGCUGAAGUUGAGCGGCUCAAAACUAUUCUAAAGCGCGUGUACCUAACGCUCUUUCCCAUCCCUGUUGAUCAAGGAUGGUGUGACUGCGGCAUGAUUCACGGAGUGGAGCCGGUUCCAACGGAGGCCGUUUAA